UGGAUUAUUAGAUUUGCUUUAAACCCACAAUGAAGGCACCCCUAUUUUGGAUCCAGUCGAGUCCAUAUCACAUCCGGCUUCUGGUUAAGAGACUCCUGAAAAGAGUCCGCCAAGUAACAGACGCCGCCUUCUUUUUCGUUAGUUUCAAAAUCUGUGCCACUUGCCGCAGCUCAAAAACCCUAAACCCGGAAUCAAUCAAUCUCAUACAAUGCUGGUGUUCUCUUACACUCGCAACCUCCUCAAACCCAGAAGCUCGUCGCCUUUCCCUUUCACCUCCAUAAUGCACAUGUCCCAGUCCACCUCUAUCCCUAAAAAACAGGACAGAGUACGCGACCACGGUUUCGACAACUACAUGGAAGCGGAGAAAAAGACCCGGAAAGUCCUCAAAUUCCAAUCUCUCAUUCUUUCCCAGCCAAGUCAAACCUUGCCCAUCUCUCGUUUCGACUCUCUCGCUCGUCGCCUUGGUCUCGGCUUCAAAGAAAACGAAGCCGCUGCUUAUCUCCUUAAAUUCCCCCACGUUUUCGAAAUCUACGAGCACCCUGUUCUCAGAAUCCUCUUUUGCAGGCUAACCCAGAAGGCCCUUCUCCAAAUUGAGCAAGAAAAACAAGCACUCCAUGCCCAGUUACCUGAUGCCGUCACCCGGUUAAGGAAGUUGGUUAUGAUGUCGAACACGGGCCGUUUGAGACUGGAACACGUUCGGAUUGCCAGGAAAGAAUUUGGGUUGCCUGAUGAUUUUGAGUACUCGGUAAUUCUCAAAUACCCUGAAUUUUUUAGAUUGUUUGAUGCUCGAGAUACAAGGAAUAAGUACAUUGAGAUUGUUGAAAGAGAUCCCGAGUUAGCUAUUUGUGCCAUAGAGAAAGUUAGAGAGAGAGAGUACAGAGAAAAAGGACUUGACGCUGAGGAUGUUAGGUUCUCAUUUCUUGUUAACUUUCCACCUGGAUUUAAGAUUGGUAAGUAUUACAGGAUUGCAGUUUGGAAGUGGCAACGGGUUCCGUAUUGGUCGCCUUAUGAGAACGUAUCUGGUUAUGACUUGAGGUCAUUGGAAGCUCUGAAGAGGAUGGAAAAGAGGGCAGUGGCAACUAUUCAUGAGUUGUUGUCAUUGACUGUGGAGAAGAAGAUUUCUUUGGAGAGGAUUGCGCAUUUUAGGAUGGCGAUGAAUUUGCCUAAAAAGUUGAAGGAUUUUCUGCUUCAGCAUCAGGGAAUAUUUUAUGUUUCAACUAGGGGGAAUUAUGGGAAGCUUCAUACAGUGUUUCUUAGGGAAGCUUAUAGGAAGGGGGAGUUAAUUGAGCCAAAUGAUUUGUAUUUGGCGAGAAGGAAGUUGGGCGAGUUAGUUUUGCUAAGCUCUAGGAAGGCAAAGGUGGAUAAGGAACUGGUUAGCUAUAGGAGGGAUACGGAAGUUGAUGACAUCGUGUGUGUUAGACCAGACUAUAUGGAAAAUGACGUGAAAGAUUUUGGGGUUGAAUAUGAAAUAGAGCACGAUGGAAGAAGGGAAGGAUGUAGUUUAGAUUCUGAUUUUGUUUCUGAUGACAUAGAUGAGACUGAAGAUUUGGAUGAAAGGAUGGAUGAAAAGGAGGAUACUGUUUAAGUGAAUGACAAGGCCUAAAUUCUGUUAGUUCUUAUCAUUGUUAAUUUUGAAACAGUGAACUUAUAAUCAGCCAGACUUUACAAUGGAAGACCACUCUUUGCAUUCAUUAACAUUAAGAGGACAUUUUGGAUUAAGGAUAGUUUUUUGGAUCUGGAGAGUGUCAAUGGAUUUCUUUGUUGUUGGUGGAAGUAGCAUUUCUAUGUUAAUGGACUAUUGAAGAAGCUGAAGGCAUCUAUUUUGCAAUUCUUCUUGCCUGUGUUAGUCACCAAUGCAAGAUGUUGGUGGAAAUUUCAGCAGGUAAAUUGAAAUAAGAAGCUCCCAGAAGAUUUUGCACCAUUAAGUUGCUACUGCUAUAGUGUGUUCUUUCUUUCUGUUUGGCAGGAAGAGAAACCAAAAAAAAAUAUUGGUCAGGGUUAAGCAGAUGGAUGGGUGUUCUACGACACUGGAAAGCAGGCCUUUGGCUUGAAGUAGGUGUCCCUGUUCCAUGAUAAAGCGUAUUGGCUUUUUAUUUACAUUUUCCUGUCUAGAGGUCUUAUGCAGAGACUAGAUAAUAGUGAGUCAUUACAAAUGUAGAAUAGGGUCUGAUUAAAUCCUAGUAUUUCUGCUGCAAAUGACACAUUAUAUCCUGUUCCUUGAGCGCUUAAGGUUUUAAGGAGAUAAAUAUGGUGGUUUUUAAAGAAAACCGUUCACUUAAAGUUUUCUUUUAUCAUUUCUGGCAACCUUGGAAUGAACUUCAAGAGGAAUCGGCUUAUCUGGUCAAACAAACUGGAAUGCUUUGUUCUAAUUAGCAUCAUAUAAAGUUUGCAUAUUCUCUAGUUAGAAGAAUUCAUUUUUAUCAUGCUAGUUUGGCUUUCGAGUUCUAAGCAAAAUACAGUCUUGAUGGAGUUUGUAGAUGAAAGUUAUAUUGAUUGGAUUAUAUUGAGUCUUGAUGAGAUGAAUGUAGAGAUGCAAAAAUUCUGUGGUUUGGUGAGUGGUAACAGCUCAAAGUAUGAUACUGGGUAAGGAGUCUUCCAGUACCUAUAUCCUACUUCUUAUGACAUGAGGUUGAUCAUAUUGUAGUAUUAGUCUAGAAGAAAUUAGAUACACAAGAAGUCUGACAGGGCUGCUCGAGGUUUUGGGAUUUGAAUUGAAGCUCAAAUUCUAACAAUGUCCACAAGUCACUAGGAGACCAUAUGGUGUUUCUUAUAGACCUGGGAUUUAAUUCCUUGUGAUAAAGGAAAAUAGUUUUGUUUUACAGCACAACUUUUUUCCUGCCAAGUAAUAUGCAGAAGGAGAAAAUUCUUGUUUUCCAAUUCGGAUGAUUCUUUUUAUCACAGCUUAUAUAAAACUGUUUUUUAUAUACCUCAAUUGCUUUUGCAUAACAAGUUAGUCCACAUGAGUGGACCAGAAGAUGAUGUCCGCCAAAAGUCAUUGGUCAGAAAUUGGUUGGUUUGGUUUGAAAAUCAAGAGCUAAAAAUAUCUUAAAAAACAAACAAACUAUAGUUUGUGUCACGUAUGUGUCAAGUAUUAGGUUUGAAAUCUGGAUGAGUCUUCAUAGCCCCACGUGUGAGCACUGAAAACAACAGACACCAACAUAGUCUUUGAUGAGUAUAAACUUGAUUCUUGAGAAUUAUGAAUUGGAUAUUUCUUUGUAUACAGUUGACACCAGAUACACUCAGUCAGAACCCCUGGCCCUGUAACAAGGGUUGCCCUAUCACAGGUAGAAGGCGUCAGCCUGGCUACUUUAUUCAUUUUUAAACUAAUGGUUCAUAGCAGGUUGUGAUUGUGAUUUGGAUGGCGAAAGCUUUUGUUGCUUUGCAUUUGUGUUACGCAAGGCAUAACUUUAUACUUUGAAAUAACAACACUGAUUACUGGUUUGAUUAUUAA